ACAGAGACUCUCUCCGGAGAAUAAAAGAGCUCAUCUUUUUGUACAUUCUGUUUCUUCGAUCGGGACAUUCUCGUGAUGUUUUCAUUGAUCUUAUUAACCAAAUACAAGUUUGUUCAAUUUUAAACAGCGGAGAUGCUUGAUAAGGCUUUAGCAGUUUUACUUUGGGUUUUGGUGCAGAGUUUGGAUGAAUCAGUAUCUAGUUUUCAAAAACAGACAUGUUCCGUGUUAAAUUCAACUAUCCAUAACGGAUUGGUGGGAGAGACUUGCUCUCAGACAAAACGUGUUGUUAAAAGAGUAAAGAGAGCAAAUAAAGUAAAUGGUAGAGCACUGGUUAUUCCAAUCGGAACCAUAUUCAACUCUGAUGAUAUUCAGAUAAGGUCAGCAUUCCGUUUGGCCUUAAGUCAGUUCUCUACAGAAAGUGUCAACUACAAACUUAAUCAAUCAAUCAGUAUCAUCGAGGUCUCGGACAAUUUUAAAUUAGCUUCGUCAUUAUGUAGUCAGAUGAAUACUGGUGUUUUCUUAUUUUUCGGAACUAAAAGUAUUCAUUCUUUGGAGAUCGUUGACCACUACACCAAACGAUUCCACAUGCCUUACAUCUCACCAAGUUUAUCCAGAGUAGCAGUGACCACCUAUGAUAGCUUCCAAGUCAGUAUGAAACCACCAAUUACGCAAGCCAUUAUCGAUUUGAUUAUAAACUUUGACUGGCAAGUUGUCCACUACCUGUACGAUUCAAAUGAAGGUCUGAAACGAUUGCAAGAAAUAUUUAGUACACUGCCAAGACAUACGGACGUCCGGUUCACAUACCGGAAAUUGGAGGAUGUCUAUCACGCACAUGAAGAUUUGCGCACAUUAGAUAGGAUGAAUACUGCUGAUGAUAAAAAGAUAAUAUUAGAUCUUUCAUCUUAUGAUGCAUUUACAUCAGUUUUAAAACAAGUAAGACUUACAAAAUACGUUAUUGGUUCAUGA